AUGGGCUAUCCCACAAUUGUGUCAAUUGUACUGACUACAAGACGUUACAAGCCUGUCACUGCUCUAUCUACCUUUCAUAUCUACCUUUCUAUCUGUUCAUAUCUACCCAUCGGACUGUUCAUAUCUACCCAUCUAUCUCAGAUCAGAUCUAUCUAUCUAUCUAUCUAUCUAUCUAUCUAUCUAUCUAUCUAUCUCUCGGACUGUUCAUAUCUACCCAUCUAUCUCAGAUCAGAUCUAUCUAUCUAUCUAUCUAUCUAUCUAUCUAUCUAUCUAUCUAUCUAUCUAUCUAUCUAUCUAUCGGACUGUUCAUAUCUACCCAUCUAUCUCAGUGUGAUCAGAUCUAUCUAUCUAUUUAUCUAUCUAUCUAUCUAUCUAUCUAUCUAUCUAUCUCUCGGACUGUUCAUAUCUACCCAUCUAUCUCAGUGUGAUCAGAUCUAUCUAUCUAUCUAUCUAUCUAUCUAUCUAUCUAUCUAUCUAUCUAUCUAUCUAUCUAUCCGACUAUCUAUCUAUCUAGCCAUCUAUCUAUCUCGGUCUGUUUCUAUCUAUCUAUCUAUCUAUCUAUCUAUCUAUCUAUCUAUCUAUCUAUCUAUCUAUCUAUCUAUCUCUCGGACUGUUCAUAUCUACCCAUCUAUCUCAGAUCAGAUCUAUCUAUCUAUCUAUCUAUCUAUCUAUCUAUCUAUCUAUCUAUCUAUCUGGCUGUUCAUAUCUACCCAUCUAUCUCAGAUCAGAUCUAUCUAUCUAUCUAUCUAUCUAUCUAUCUAUCUAUCUAUCUAUCUAUCUCUCGGACUGUUCAUAUCUACCCAUCUAUCUCAGUGUGAUCAGAUCUAUCUAUCUAUCUAUCUAUCUAUCUAUCUAUCUAUCUCUCGGACUAUCUAUCUAUCUAUCUAUCUAUCUAUCUAUCUAUCCGACUGUUCAUAUCUACCUUUCUAUCUCAGUGUGAUAAGAUCUAUCUAUCUAGCCAUCUAUCUAUCUCGGUCUGUUUCUAUCUAUCUAUCUAUCUAUCUAUCUAUCUAUCUAUCUAUCUAUCUAUCCAUCUAUCUAUCUCGGUCUGUUCAUAUCUAUCCAUCUAUUUCAGUGUGA